GGCACUACCACCCCCUUCCUGCCUACCGGGCACGUCUACCCCCUUCCUGCCUACUGGGGCACUUCUACCCCCAUUCCUGCCUACCGGGCACUUCUACCCCCUUCCUGCCUACAGGACACUUCUACCCCCUUCCUGCCUACAGAGGCACUUCUACCCCCUUCCUGCCUACCGGGCACUUCUACCCCCUUCCUGCCUACAGGGCACUUAUACCCCCCCUUCCUGCCUACAGGGCACUUCUACCCCCUUUCCUGCCUACAGGGCACUGAUUUCUACGCCCCUUCCUGCCUACCGGACACUUCUACCCCCCUUGCUUCCUACCGGGAAACUUCUACCCCCUUCCUGCCUACCGGACACUUCUACCCCCUUGCUUCCUACCUGGCACUCCUACCCCCUUUCCUGCCUACAGGACACUUUCUCUACCCCCUUCCUGCCUACAGGACA